AUGUCUCAAGCUCCAUUAUACAACACAGAUAACGCAAGAUAUGAGGCUUAUCAAUUUAGUGACCCUUUUGCAACUUCAUCAUUUGUAUGUUGCAACAAGAAAUUAGGUAAAGUUUGUCGCCCAAACUGUGACCAUUAUCCAAAAGUUACUUCAAAAGAAGAUGUUUCUUUCAUAUUUGAUGCCAAUCAAGCUGUUUCUUUAGGUUUUGAAUCAUGUGAACAUUGUGACCCUAUAAAUCCAAGCACACAAUUAGACUUACCAUUAAUCAAAAUCACAAUAGAGGCUAUUAACUCCUCAAUAGGAUUCACAGAUGACGCUAAUGACUUGAAAAGAAGAGCAUUCAGUGUACCUUCAAUCAACACAAACAAUGGUCAUUAUGAUCGUCAAUUGACUAGAAAUGAAUCUGAACACAUCAAAUUGGUUGAAUUAGCUUGUCGUCAUAUAGCCGCUGCCGCUGCCAUUUCAAUCUCUAAACAAAAUGAAGAAUCAUCACAAGGAGGUAAAAAGAAGAGAAGAGGUGGUGUCUUAGGUUUCAAAGAACUGGCUUCUAAAUCAAAAUUAUCACCAUGGCAUUUCCAUCGUGUUUUCAAAUCUGUCACUGGCUUAACACCAAAAAGUUAUGGUGAUCAAUGUUGGAAAUACAUCAAGGAUCAUGAUCGUCCACCUACUAAAAGACAACGUUCACAUUUCAAAUCAUUAUCAGAAGUUCAAAAUAACUUCCAAGCUCCAAAAAAAGUUUACAAAAAUGAUCAUUCACCAGUUGCUCCAACCGCUCCUGCUCCUAUUCCAAUGGCUAAUCUUUCACCAACAGCACCUGCUCCAAUUCAACCAAUAAAUUUACAACAAUCACCAAUUGCACCAACUGAUCCAUCAAGUAUAAAUGCACAAUUAUCCUUCAAUGGUGAUCUAUUUGAUUUGAAUAAAAAUAGUUUAGAUAUCAAUAUGGCACCAUUUAGACAUCAUAGUUUGGAUUUGGGUACAUUAAGCUUAAACCUUGGUGAUUUAGAUAGAUCAACUUCAUUAUCACCAUCAUCAAACUUAAUUCCAAUCGGUACAUCAACAAGCUUUCAACAACCUCAACAACCUCAACCUCAACCUCAACAAUUACCUCAACAAACUCCACAAUACCAACAAUUCCCAAGUCAUAUGAAUAGUUUUAGUUCAGGAUCUACAGGUUCAGCUGUUAGUUCAUUACAAGUUCCAACUACAACAUUUAGUGAAUCUGUUAGUCCGGCAACAGAUAUUUCAUCAUUCAAUGCAAAUCCUAUUGAUAAUUCAUUAUGGCCUUCAUUAGAAAAUGCUCAACCAGCAAAUCCAGAUAUGUCAAAGAUGUGGACACCACCAUCUAGUGUUUCAGAAAUUGAUCAAAAACAAAUUCAACAACAACAACAAAAAGAACAAUUUAAUAAAACUCAAGAAGAUUUGGAAUUUUAUGAUGUUUUGAAUAAAUCACCAUUAGAUGAUAGUGAAUUUUUGAAUCUUGAUGGUACUGGUGUUGAUUAUUCAAUCUUGAAAGAUGGUUCAAAUGAUGUUGGCGCUGGAUUAUUUUUAGGUACUGAUGGUAGUGAAGUUUUCAAUGAUAUUACCUUUAGAGCUCAAAAUAACUUGAUGAUAUAA